AUGCCGAGCGCAAUUUUAUUAGCAGCUAAUCCGACACUGGCGCGACUUCAACGGUAUUUGUCCGAACAACCUACAAUUCGAAUACCUGUGGCAGACGCAAGUCCGGUGGAGCUGCACCAUUUCUGCAAAAAUGAGGAACAAAUAUUUGAAUACGCAGUGCGUCAAACAAGCGAAGUCAUUGGGACACUGGAGCACCUUCACAACAAAUGGUUAGAUUACUUAUCUAAUCUUUGGGCAGUGAGGCCCAAAAAGGAACAGAGUUCUAUGAGACUAUGGCGUCUAGCACUAAUGGAAUGGUGCGUAUGA